GAUGCUCUCUGCCGCCGACUUGCCAGCGUCAGCGAGAUGCGAGGAGGGCUGCGCUGCUGACUGCGGGUCCGCUGCCAGGUGCAUAGUGAGGAACAACACAAACCAGUGUGUGUGCCCGGGGUCUCUUGUCUUCGACGUCAAGGCGAGGCGCUGCCUUGAUGGGCCGGCCGUGAUCAGCGAGGAACCCCUGCCAGCCCGGGACCCCUGUGCAACAAUUACGUGUCCAGCAAAUGGGUUUUGCCUGGUGAAGAACGGUACAGGGAGCUGCAAGUGUAGCCCUGGCUACGUCAAGAAGAACAAUCUCUGUACUGCUGUGUGCAAGCCCACCUGCCCUCGCAAUGCCGAGUGUGCAGUGGUGGCCGGCACGCCUAUGUGUCGCUGCAAGAAUGGAUACGUGAUGAGGAGCAACAGCUGCGUCGGAUUGCCCCAGAUUGGAUUGCCUCAGGAGCGCACAAUCAUUCAAACUCGCCGCAUGGGGGGUUCGUCGAUUCAGCAAGAAUG